AUGAGAGAAUUACCCAUAUUGAAAUACAAACAUGAAAUUAAAAAAUUGAUAAAAAAAAAUAAUUUAAUCAUAAUAAAAGGAGAAACAGGUUGUGGAAAGACUACUCAAGUUCCCCAAAUAAUAAAUGAAAUAUUUUUUGAUAAAAAAGAGAAAAAAUAUGAUAAUAUAAAACAUAAAAAUGAUGAAAAAAAGAAGAGGAAAGAAAAAAAAAAAAUGUUAAUAUCUCUUCCUAGAAGAGUAGCAACUAUUACUGUUGCUGAAAGAGUUUCCAAAGAAAUGAAAAGAGGUGAUAUAGGUAAUUACGUUGGUUAUACUAUAAGAUUUAAAAAUGUAUGUUCUGAUAAAACUAGAAUAAAAUUUGUUACAGAUGGUAUAUUAAUUAGAGAAAUCAUGAAUGAUCCUUUAUUAAAAAAAUAUAAAUUUUUAAUUCUAGAUGAAAUUCAUGAAAGAUCUAUUAGAACUGAUGUCUUAUUAGGCUAUACAAAAAUUUUGUUACAAAAAAGAAAAAAAAUUAAAAUUAUACUAAUGUCUGCAACGUUUGAUAUAAACAUAUUUAAUCAAUUCUUUAACAACCCACCAAUUAUAACUAUUCCUCAUAAGCUUCAUAAAAUUACAAUAUAUUAUCCUAGAAGAAAUAUAGAAGAUUAUAUCCUAUCAGUUGUCAGUACAGUUUUGCAAAUACAUUUUGGUAAUACUUCAUAUUCAUCGGAAUUUGAGAAUGAUGAUGAUCACAGAGAAAAUGAACAAAAUGAAUCAAACGAAUCAAACGAACAAAAUGAAUCAAACGAAUUAAACGAAUCAAACGAAUUAAACGAAUCAAACGAAUUAAACGAAUUAAACGAACAAAAUGAAUCAAACGAAUCAAACGAACAAAAUAAAUCAAACGAAUUAAAUGAACCUUACGAACCAAAUCAAACUCAUGAUAUAAAUGAAAUAGAUGAACAGAACAACCUGCAGACAGAUAACAUUUCUAUGAACAACAUAAAUGAAGAUAUAAAAAAGACGGAAGAUAAAAGCCUUGGUGAUAUUUUAGUAUUCUUACCUGGUCAAGAAGAAAUCGAAAUGGUAAAUAUUAUGUUAAAAGAAAAAUUAAAAAUAAUUUAUAAAGGAAAUUUAUUAAAUAAAUUAAUGAAAGAAAGAAAUAAUUAUAAUAAUCAAAAUGAUUUUCAAAAUAAAAUAAAUAAUAAAUUUAAUACUGAGGAUCAUAUACUUAAUGAAAUUUGUUUUCAUUUUGGUAAAACGGAAAUAAUGCCAGAUAAAAUUUAUAAUAUGAAAAUCUUACAACUAUAUUCAUCACUUCCAAAUAAAAAACAGAAAGUUAUAUUUGAACCUGUUCCCCCAAACACAAGGAAGGUAAUUUUAAGUACCAACAUUGCAGAAACAUCGGUGACCAUUCCAAAUAUAAAAUAUGUAAUCGACAGCGGAAAAGUGAAAAUAAAAUAUUUUGAUGUAAAUAGGGGAAGCAACGUUUUAAGAGUAACUCAAAUAUCUAAAGAUUCUGCAAUUCAAAGAAGUGGAAGAGCAGGAAGAGAAGCGCCAGGACAGGUAUAUCGAAUAUAUACAAAAGAGGAGUAUGAGAAUAUGAAUCCUUUUUUAAUACCUGAAAUUUUCCGUUCAGACUUGACUCAAAUAUAUUUGGAAUUAAAG